AUGGUGGAGCUCUCCGCCGGCGCCAGCGUCGCUCUUGGAGUGAUUGUUGGACUGCUUUCCACCAGCGUUCAGAGCAUCGGCUUGACUCUCCAGCGGAAAUCGCACCUCCUGGAAGAAGAGAAAGAGGAUGGACACGCAAGAAGACCACCUUACAGGCGGCGCAGAUGGCAGCUGGGAAUGUUCAUGUUCGUCGUCUCAAAUCUGGUCGGGAGUACUAUACAAAUCACUACCCUACCGCUGCCGGUCCUUUCGACGUUACAAGCAUCUGGACUCGUUUUCAACUCCAUAUGCGCAUCAUUAAUACUCAGCGAACCGUUCACUCGAUACUCCCUCGUCGGUACGAUCCUGGUAGCCACUGGUGCGCUCCUGAUAGGGAUCUUCGGUGCACUCACGGAGCCUUCACACAAUCUUGACCAGUUGCUGUCUCUCCUUGGGAGACGCCAAUUCCUGCUCUGGAUUGGGGGUACGGCAUUCAUAGUCAUACUCAUCAUAAUCGGCACCUGGGCCCUGCAUCGUCUUUAUCCCCGGCCGACACCACGAAUACGCCUGGCGCGUGGCAUGCUGUUUGGCUGCAUCAGCGGUAUUCUCUCUGCACACUCCCUCCUAGUUGCUAAGAGCGCCGUGGAACUGCUCGUUCGGACUAUCGUGGACCGCCACAACGAGUUCAACCGGUGGCAAUCAUGGAUGAUUCUUCUUGGGCUGGUUGCGCUUGCUCUGUCACAGCUCUAUUACAUGCACCGUGGGUUGAAACUUUGCAGCACUAGCGUACUCUACCCGCUCGUAUUCUGCAUCUACAACAUCAUUGCGAUCCUGGACGGUCUGAUUUAUUUCCAUCAAUCUUCGAGACUAUCGGCAUUACACGCUGGACUGAUUGCCCUUGGAACCGUCAUACUCCUCUCGGGAGUUCUAGCGUUGAGCUGGAGGCUGGAUGAGUCUACACAUGAGCCUGCUUCACCGACGAUGCACAUAAAAUACAGGGGUCGUGUCCCAACGCCUCACAGUGCACUCACUCCUGGAAUGGGCCUUAUUCACCCGACCAUGUCUGAUGAA